AUGUCGGACCACGGCUCCGAUACAUCAGACAGCAAGGCCGCCUUGGCGCCUCAUAUUCGACUCAACUCAGGUCAACAUGAGCCAGCUCUCGAGAACGGGGAUGGCUACGCGCCACUCACAUCACGUACCUUCCCUAGGCCGUUGACGCCGCAGGGUCCGGAUGCCCCGACGCCCAUCGGUGCUCAAGGUAUCUCUCCAUACGGGGCUUCAGCAGCCCCGGAGUCAUCAGAGUUCCUGCUACCUCCCAGGCUGCGGCCUACACAAGGAGCGGGUGUUAGUGACAGUGACACGCCACGGUCUCCAGAUCGGUGGUCUGCAGGGCGUUCCAGCAUUAGCUCGAUCAGUCGUGAGAGUACCUUUCCUCUGGAUCCGUUCCAGGAUUCAAGGGCUCCAUCUCAACACUCUCACUCUGGUAGUGAAGAGCAUGAUGUGAAUACGCAGACAGUCUCUGAGAAGUUCAACAUCAUGCCCACGGAUGGUUUGCUGUUGUUCCCAGAAGAUGUGGAAAAAGAUGAUUACAUGCACAACCCGGAUCCAAUGGACAAGGACCGCGACUGCGACAUCUGGAAUCGUCGUGGUGUGAUGAACCUCGGUGGUUUGUUGGUCCUGACCAUCGGACUAUUGGUGCUUUUCAUCGGUUAUCCUCUGAUAACCUGGCUCUCCCACAUUUUACACCCAGAUGUUGGAAAUUGCCAUCCUGGCGAUACACUGUGCCUGGAUGUUGGGGAACGGGCCUUGUUGAGUAACGUGCGUCAGACAUUGAUUGACCCUGACACGCCUGAGGAGGCCCUCACCAAGAAGAACCUCAAUGGCAAGGAAAUGAAGCUAGUGUUUUCGGAUGAAUUCAACACCCCCGGGCGAACCUUUUUUGCAGAGGACGAUCCGUUUUUCGAAGCCGUCGACUUGUGGUAUGGUGUGACGGCUGACAAGGAAUGGUACGACCCGGACGCAGUUACCACAGCAGACGGAACCCUUCAACUUCGAUUCGAUCACUUCGAAAACCAUGAACUUGAAUAUAGAUCCGGUAUGGUUCAGAGCUGGAACAAGCUCUGCUUCAAGGGAGGUCGUCUCGAAGCUAGCAUGUCUCUUCCUGGUGACGGCCACAUCGAAGGUUUCUGGCCUGGUUUCUGGGCAAUGGGAAAUCUCGCCCGUCCAGGCUACGCGGCUACCACUGAUGGUCUAUGGCCAUACAGCUACCACGAUGGAUGUGAUGCUGGUAUCACACCCAACCAAAGUGCGCCAGAUGGUCUGAAUUGGCUCCCUGGCAUGCGCUUGCCAGGAUGCGCCUGCGAGGGCUCAGAUCAUCCCACUCCUGGAAAGGCUCGUAGUGCUCCUGAAAUCGAUGUAAUCGAAGGGAGCACUGCGCCACUUUACGGAGACAGCGGUCCAUUCGUUGGCAGUGCGUCCCAGAGUUUGCAGACUGCGCCUUUCGAUCUGUGGUACAUGCCUGAUUACGACUUCGCCGCCGUCUACGACGACCGUGUUACUGAGAUCAACAGCUACCGUGGUGGCGUCUACCAACAAGCCAUGUCCGCCCUCACGAACCUCAACCACCGCUGGUACAAUGGCUCGCAAUACCAGACCUACUCUUUCGAGUACACCCCCGGAGCCGAAGGCCAAAUCACAUGGUUCGUCGGCGCGGAGAAGACAUGGACCCUCGAUGGCCGCGCCAUCGGUCCCAACGGCAAUAUCGGACAGCGCAUGAUUCCCCUCGAGCCAAUGAGUCUGGUCAUGAACAUGGGUAUGGCGGACAACUUCGCUCCUCAAAAUGCCAGCAUCCGGGAAUACAUGCCCGCUCUGCUGAGAUUCGACUACGUUCGUAUCUAUCAAGACCCAGAUGAUGAGAGUGUCACCUGUGACCCACCUGGUUGGGAGACAACCAAGUACAUUGAGGAACACCGCAAGGCGUAUGAUAACGCGAACCACACUACAUGGGACGCUGCUGGUUACAAAUGGCCGAAAAACUCGUAUAUGCAUGAGUGUCCUUCCAAAUAA